UUUCUCCGAGAGACACGGUUGCGUAGGUAACGAAAAAAGCGGCGUGCGUAGCGUAGUGAACUUCAAGCACGAGAAGCGGUUAAAACGCCCAAAGAUCGUGAUCAAAACCCUUCCCCGUCAAGAAGAUCGUUCGAAUCGAUUUCAACGAAUUGUGCGUCUCCGAAAAGCGUUAUUUCGCGUAGGCACUUAAAGCUUAUCGGAAGAGGCGAACGUAUAGGGUGAGUUUAAAUGUGAUCCGUACGGUGACAAUGUGUGUUUGAAUGUUCAAGAAUCCAACAAGCAGAAAACAAGGAUUGUAUUCCCUUUUGAGCAACUUAACUAACCCACAUCAUUUGGGCGACCGCCAGUGUCUAUGAGUGUCUUCAAGAGUUUCUAACGCUGAAGAUUUUUAUUGCGACGCAGAAUCGGUAGAUAUCAUCCCCGUCUGCGUUUGUGAGUGGUUUCUGCGUGUUCCGUGCUCGGUGUGCUUGUGGCAGUGUUUGUUGUGGUGUAGUUUUAGCGCGUCUAUGCGAAAUUUUCGGUAAAUGUUUACCGGUCGAAUGUGUGUCGUUCUGCUGUGCGGUGCGUACGUGCGUGCGGUAGGAAUUUGAAUUGUAAACACGUGGUCAGUUAAGGUUCGCGUGCUAGACGUACAUUCCAAAUGGGCUGUGAGCGGUUCUGAAGCGGAGUCUGUAGCGGAGUGAUCGAUCGAUCGACGAUCAUUAGCGAGUUGGCGGCAAAAUUAGACGCGUCUUCGGGGAGUUGGAAGUUUUGGGAAGGCUUCUCCUGCGUUGCCUGCCAACGGUCGUUCGGUGUUCGCGAAACGCCACGAGGAUCUCUCGCUUGUUGCGUCGGCAACCACACCACGGUGGUCUCACGAAGAGUCAGUGAUCGACAAACGAUCGUCGCAGACGGACCACCGCAAACACGGUGCGCCGUUGUAAAGAAUCGCGUCCAGGAAGGACCUCCCGGUCCCCGUACGGUGGUGGUGGAGUUCACUGGGGCCCCGUGUAGGUUUGUGCUUUGUGCUCCGGAAGAUAGAGCGCGUUCGUUUAUCUGGCUCUUGGUCGGCGGUAAAGUUGUUUUCUGUCUGUAGAACCGCACCAUACUAACCGUACCGAUAGGCUAGCUCCGAAAGCUUUCGAUGAUAAGGAAGAGCUGUAGCUGGUCGCCUGAUUUUCCUGCCGUCGGACUAGCGGACCUGCCCUGAUGACAAUGUUCGGUGCGAAGGAUGGUGAUGCUGGUCAUCGAUGCUGCUGCUACUGCUGCGUGUGUUCCGAUGGUGUGGUCGCUGAAGGUAAAGGUCCCGUGUGUCGUGUGUCGAGCGUCGGUAGCAGCGCAACGGUGUGAUAUCUUAGUGUUGUGGAAACCGCUUAGAGCUAUAGAAAGUGUUUGAGAGUGAUUGUGAAAGCCCUCGGCCGGGAAAGAAGCGAGACGUGAUAGUGCCCCGGCAUAAAGUGGAAAAAUUGGUUUCAAGAGCUCGUGUUUUUUUGUGAGUGUGGCCGCUAGUUUGGGGAAGAAAUAAGAGUGCGUGUUCCUGAGCGUCUGCCUAGACGGUGAAGUGGUUUUAUCGGAAAUUUGUGUCUGAAGAUAAGCGGUAAAUGAUCGCGUUAUUCAGCAUUCUUGAGCUGAAUAGAUAGCGUGUGUGUGUGUGUGAGAGAGAGAGAAGAGCGUUGUUAUCGCUACUGUCUGAAGUGGUCUAUUUUUAACGAGAAUAUUAGUCAGCAAAGGAAGUCUGCGGGAUUUCCUGGAAGUGGAAACGCACAACCGAGAUAUAGUGGUGAAGAGUGUUUCAGGUGUAACUAUCACGAAGACGAUCCGGGAUCCCGGCAAGAACCAUUAACAGGACAGGCAGCAUAGAGCCGUUGUGACGCACAACCCAUCAAAUCAACAUUUUCUUGCCAGCAGCCCACACGUUCCUUUUCCCGUCGUCAUGACAACGAAUACUAGCAACCUGAAGCUAUCUGGAAAUAUAAUAGGUCUGACAGGCAAACAAUCACAACCGCACACCCAACAGCAGCACCAGCAGCAGUUACAGCAGCAACAGCAACAGCACCAUCACCAGCUACAACAGCACCAUCUUCAGCAGCAGUUGCAGAAGCAUAAGCUAAAGCAAGCUCAGCACCAUCUACAGCAGCAGCAGCAACAGCAACAACAACAGCAACACCAGUCGGUGGUUACCACCUCACUAUCGAACGGAGUCGGCCAUCAUCCGGGAGGCGGUGUGUUCACGUCCGCUCUCAAUGGUGGAGGACUCGUGAAGCCUUCCGGUGGACUGACCGUGGCCAGUGGAAUUCCUCAGCAAACUGCAACCGGAACAGGGGUUCCGGGGCAGGCGCCAGGAAGUCAUAUUCCACCUCGCUAUCAACCACCUCCACAUCCACCGGGCGGUAUCCUCAAGAACGGAUAUACUAACGGCCAUCUUAAGGCGGCUUACCAACGUCCGGAAGGUGGCGCACAAAACGGUGGCCUAGCGUACAACGGCACGAAGGGAUACGUUGGGGAGAAUCUAAAGCGACCUCCAAAUCCGUCCCGGCUACUAGCACCCCGGCAGCACAUCCGCUUCUCGAAUCUACCUCCACUGGUGAACGGUGGCCCACCGGCCGUUAGUCAACAGACUCAACUUCAACAGCAGCAACAACAGCAGCAGCAGCAAAUCCAAACUCUUCAUCAUCUCCCACCGGCACCGCACGCCCGGCUCAGCUCGGAGUCCUCGUCCGAAGAUCAGACGACAAGCUCGACAAGAUCUUUGCAGGCUCACUUAGCCCACGCGAAAGCGUCUGUGAACUCAACGCAACAACCUGCCACCGUACCGAACGGCCCAUCAGCCGGUCAUAUCCAUCAAACGACCGCAAUAGUGCAUCAAAGUAGUCAACCCGCGAGUAGCAACGGUACGAACGGAACGAACUCUAGCGGACAGGGCCAUCUAAAGCCUCCGCAACCAUCACACCUGCCAACUGCGAACGGUGUCCAUCAUCAGCAGCAGCAGCACCAGCAGCAGCAGCAGUCUCAUCCGGUUCACACACUCCAACAUCCGUCCCAGUCACAGCAGCAAUCAGCACAGCAGCAGAAUCAGGAGAUGUUGAAGUUUGUCCGGAAAGCGGAAUCGGAAACCUCCUCUACCCCGACCUCCUCGAGCGGUGGUGGGGGCGGAGGCGGUGGUGGACGCAUCUCGGCACUGGAGCAGAAUCGACACUUUCAGAAUCUGCUGGCCGAACUGCGAGCACUGAAAGAGGCUAAUCAGCGGUUAAGUGAUGACAAUCAGGAGCUGCGCGAUCUUUGCUGCUUCCUGGACGAUGAUCGACAGAAGGGACGUAAGCUGGCGAGGGAGUGGCAACGGUUUGGCCGGUACACGGCGAGCGUUAUGCGGCAGGAGGUCUCCGCUUAUCAGACAAAACUGAGACAGCUGGAUGACAAGCAGCAGGAGCUGAUCCGUGACAAUUUGGAGUUGAAAGAGCUGUGUCUCUAUCUGGACGAGGAGCGGAACAACACAGGUGGCCGUACGGCGGUCGUGUGCUCUAGCUGUGGUAACUCUUCGGCGAAUGCCGUUCCCCUUCGAGAUGACGGUGACGGUAGCAGUUCCAGCACGAAUGCGGACGAGAACCUCCACAACAUUGGACAGUUUGGACGAAACGGAAUGGACCUUAAUAUGCGAUCGACUCUAAGCGAUCAGACGCUUCAAUACGUUCGAGCCCUCGAAACUAGGAUACGACAGUUGGAGGAGGAACGAGCAGUGGUUCUCAACAAUAGCACAACAACGACAGCGGCAACCACCAAUGGAGGAGGAGGAGGGGGACAGGUGCAGGUGACAACUUCUUCCUCCAACGAUCCAAUAUCCGGGCGGCCCGAAGCAGUUGUCCGAGCGCUGCAGGUACUGGAGGUACGCGAACAGCUAGAACGAGAACGAAUCGGCAACACGCCACCGGAUCAGCUGGACGACGGCGAGAAGGCACUGGUGCGGGAGAUGUGUAAUGUGGUGUGGCGUAAGCUGGAGGACGCUCCCAAUACCGGUAUCGAUCAGCACGUCUAAGGACGAUGACGCCCCACAGUUCAACCUCCGAGGCUUUAGAAGGCGCGUACCGCUCAUUUCAAAUAGGACGAUGUACAAAUUAAUUAUAAUGCGAUCGACAGGGCAGACCUUUGGAAGGAACGAGACAAACUCCGGGAAGGAACAUGAGAAUGGGAAAGGAAGAAAGGGCAGGCAGAUUCGAGAAAGGUAUCGAUGAGGUGUGUUUUCUUGAGAGCGAUCUUGCGUCCGAGGCAAAAUCCACUCUCUUCACGCACCAUGACACAUCAUAACGGUGGAAACGGUUAUCAACAAACUUUGUUGGUAUUCGUUCACAUCCUUUGAUCCUUGCGCUCUCUUCCAUUCGGGAUGGUCCGUGCGUCUCGAGAUCCUGUCUGCCGGUGGACACGUUGUACAAGCUUUAGAUGUUAGAUAUUUAUCAGCGGUUUGAUGUAAGCGGGGUACGCCUUUUUAUGUACACUAAGCCCCGCCGCUUAUCGGGCUAUCGAUGUUUUACGGUCGUUGGUUGUUGUGUAAAAACGUGGUGUAGUUUUGGUAUGUUUGUGUCUGUAAAAGUGCUAAAGUGUUAUCUCGUUUAGGUUCGUUUUAUUAGUUUGAUUUUAAAUUUCAUUUUACACAUUCGGUUUAUUUUUUUCAAGACUCAAGCGGAAUGAAAUGAGAUUAAAAUACUCAACUUAUGUACAGGUAAUAAACAGAAUGAACUAGCGUUUUUUAAAUCUACAAGCGUUGAAGCUACAGGUACGGAAUGAGUAAAACUAUACGAUUAUGAUUUCUUUGUUAGUGUUGUUUUAUGUAUGCUUCUCCCGAUAUGCAGGCUUAUACAUACGUACAUAUUUGUAUUUUUUAUUAUUAUCGUAUGAUUAUGAAUAUUAUUUUAUUAUCAUUAUUAAACGCUUACACUGUUAUGGAAUAAAAUUAUAAAACGAUA